AUGUCGAUGCGCCGCCUGGGGGCUUCGGAUUUCCGUGGAGUCUGCGAGCGCCGCUCCGGCGCCUUCUCCUCCGAGAUCUGGUUUGGCGAGAAACGCCUCAUCCUCUGCACCUUCGACACCGCAGAGGAGGCGGCCCGCGCGCACGACGCGGCGGCGUGGCGCCUCCUGAGGCCUCGUUGGGAGAUGAAUUUUCACGACGUGUCGAGCCAACGGGCGCAGGAUCUUGCGCCUCUCCCGCGGCUUUUCACCGACGAGGAUCGUCGUGUCCACCGAAGGCGGCAGCGUCGCCUCGCCAUCGCCGAGAUGGACGUGGAAGCCAUGGUGGUGUGA